AGAGUUUGGCACUCCCUUCGCCGGGAAUAACAGUCUUUGUUAUUUUAUUAGCAGGAUGCCUUGAGACACACGCAGCAUCUGGCGGAGGAUUAACAUACAUACAUGUGUAUGUAUGCGUCACGUAUAUAUUUACUGCAAAUGGUGGGGAUCAUUUAGUACCCGAGAUGGGAGACCUGAAGUCAGGUUUCGAAGAGGUGGAUGGCGUGAGGCUCGGCUACCUCAUCAUUAAAGGAAAGCAAAUGUUUGCUCUCUCCCAAGUCUUCACAGAUCUGCUGAAAAACAUCCCGAGGACGACUGUGCACAAGCGCAUGGAUCAUCUGAAAGUGAAAAAGCACCACUGCGACCUGGAGGAGUUGCGGAAACUCAAAGCAAUCAACAGUAUCGCCUUCCACGCGGCCAAAUGCACGCUCAUCUCCCGGGAAGACGUGGAAGCGCUCUACACCUCCUGCAAAACCGAGCGUGUGCUCAAGACCAAGCGCAGGAGGGUCGGGCAGGCCCUGGCCACAAAGGCGCCGCCGCCAGGGCGCGCCGCCGCCGCCAGCCCCCGCCCGGCUUUUUGGAAGGACAAGCACCAACUUUGGCGGGGCCUGAGCGGAGCCGCGCGGCCCCUGCCAAUCAGCGCGCAGUCCCAGCGUCCGGGCGCCGCCGCCGCGCGCCCCGCCGCCCAUCUACCUCAGAUUUUUAGCAAGUACCCGGGCUCGCGCUACCCGGAGGUCGCGCGCUCGCCCUGCAAAGCCCCCCUGAACUAUGAAACUGCCCCGCUGCAGGGGAACUACGUCGCCUUCCACUCGGACCCCGCUUACUUUCGGAGCCUGCUGUGCAGCAAGCACCCGGCCGCCGCCGCCGCCGCCGCUGCCGCCGCCGCCGCCGCCGCCGCCGCUGCCGCCUACUACCAGGCGUCGGCGGCCGGGCCCCAGCCCAAGGCGGCGGGCGGCGCGGGGAGCCUGCCCUACCGCUGCAAGCGCAAGCGCGGGCCCGCCAGGAGCUGCCUGCUCGCGCCCCACGCCGGCGCCCGCCGCCUGCUGCUGCUGCCCAGGUCCUACAAAGCCAAGGCGGCGGCGGCGGCGGCUGCGGCGGCGGCAGCGGCGGCGGCGGCCGCCGGGGCCACUUGCCUGGAGAGGUUUCAUCUGGUCAACGGCUUCUGCCCGCCGCCCCACCACCACCACCACCACCAUCACCACCACCACCACCACCACCACCGGGCCCAGCCGCCGACGCCGAGCCACCCACCCCCUCACCACCCCCGGCCGCAGCCUCAUCUCGGAAGCUUUCCCGAGAGCUGCAGCAGCGACUCCGAGUCCAGCUCCUACUCCGACCAUGCAGCCAACGACUCGGAUUUUGGCUCCAGUUUGUCCAGCUCCAGCAACUCGGUGUCCUCAGAGGAAGAGGAGGAGGAAGGAGAGGAGGAGGAGGAGGAGGAGGAAGAGGGGGGCAGCGGGGCCUCGGAUUCCAGUGAAAACAGCUCCGAGGAGGAGGACUCGUCCACCGAGUCGGACUCCAGCUCCGGCUCCAGCCAAGUGUCCGUGCAGAGCAUCCGUUUCAGGCGCACCAGCUUCUGCAAGCCUCCCAGCGUGCAGGCGCAGGCCAACUUCUUGUACCAUCUGGCCUCCGCCGCCGCUGCAACCAAACCCGCUGCUUUCGAGGGUGCCGGCGGACUUCCCGACCUCAAGAGUAGUGUCAAAGCCGAGUCGCCAGAGGAGUGGAAUCUUCAGAGCUGGGCUCCCAAAGGGGCUCCGGUGUACUGCCCGGCCAGCGUGGGGAGUUGUUUCCCAGAGAUAAGAAACGAUAGGGUAUCUGAGAUUACAUUCCCACACUCUGAAAUUUCCAGUACUGUAAAGAGAACUGACCUGACAAUUAACUGCCUGGCAGAGGGGGCCUCUUCACCUAGCCCAAAGACAAACAAUGUAUUUCCACAACAAAGAAUACUCCGAGAGGCUAGGAGAUGCCUACAAGCAACUCUCACUACACACUGUGCAGAAAACAGCACAAUAGCUGCUAGGUUCUUCAAUAAUGAUUCUUGUGGAAGAGCAGCAAAUUCGGGAAAAGAUUCCAAAAUCCCUCUUUGUCCUGAAUUUUCUAUGGAUUUGCCCUCUAAACAAACUGAUCCCGAAGCGAAUGCAGCAGCAGCAGCAGCAGCAGCAACUAAAGCUGAGAAUCCCUGCACUGACACAGGCGACAAGACAUUGCCAUUUCUGCACAAUAUUAAAAUAAAAGUAGAAGACAGUAGUGCUAAUGAAGAAUAUGAGCCUGAUCUUCUUACAGAUAAGCUAAAGUGCGAGUGCAAUGACACAAAGGGUGAGUUUUACAGGGUGGCCGAGAAGAAAGAGGAGGACGCCUUGUUACCCACAGCCAAGGAAGGCUUUGCAUGCCCUGAGAAAGAAACUCCUUCCUUCAAUCCGCUGGCUCAGAGUCAGGGCCUUUCAUGCACUUUAGGAUCUCCAAAACCUGAGGAUGGGGAAUAUAAAUUUGGUGCCAGGGUGAGAAAAAAUUACCGGACACUAGUACUGGGCAAACGACCAGUCCUUCAGACACCUCCAGUCAAACCAAAUUUGAAAUCAGCUAGAAGCCCUCGUCCUACAGGUAAAACUGAGACACAUGAAGGAACACUGGAUGACUUUACAGUUUUAAACAGACGCAAAAAGGUAGCCAGCAAUGUAGCAUCAGCAGUGAAAAGGCCAUUUAAUUUCAUGGCAAAUUUUCCUUGUCCACCAUCACUCAUUCUUGGGAAGGAUGGGGAUCUGUGGCCUGCGUAUUCCUUAAACACCACUAAGGACUCCCAACCUCCACACAAGGCCCAUCCUGUAUGGAAAUGGCAGCUGGGCGGUUCUGCAAUACCUCUUCCACCUAGUCACAAAUUCAGGAAAUUUAAUUCAUAAAAAUGUUUUGGAAGCUAUUUUCUUGAACCAUAUUACCUUCCUUUUGUUGUAACUGCACAGGAUGGCUUGUACAAGUCCAUUAAUGGUGUUACACCCCUUUGGAGUCCUGGUUUAUCGCAUUUUGAAGACAGAAAUCGGAUUACUUUUUUUUU